AUGAGGCUUCUCAUACUCGCUUUGCUGGUGGCUGUCUGCGUGAGCGCCGACUUGUUGGACCUCAAAAAGUCGCUUGCGGUCGGAAGCCUCAAGGGUCUAAUCAAAGAAAAAGUGACAUCCAAGAUAAAAAAGACAAUGGAUCGCAUCAAGGAGGUUUUCAAUGGUAACAUGCUCGAAUUCCGGAAAAAGUUGAGCGGAUACAAAGACGCAAUUUUGAAGAAGCUUACUCUGAGCCCAGAGCAAAGAAAGGAGCUUGUGGAAAGGCUGAAGAUGUUCAAAAGGAAAACUAUCGAUCAAGUCUCACCAGCUGGGGACUCCAUUGAAGAGAUCAACUUGAGAAGUCAAAUUGCAGGAGCACUCUUCCAGGGAGAUAUGGUCCUUUCGAAGGAACAACAAGAUCAAAUUGCUGCGGAUGUUAGUGGAACUCGUACCAAACGGCAGACUUACAAUGAUAAAGAUUACCCUGGUAGAAGAUGGACGAAAGGAGUCAACUACUUCUUUCGACAAAAGUGCAAGUCAGCUGCCCGUAGUCUUCUCGUUCAUGAACGCAAAAAAUAUUGGCAACAAUUAGCUUACUACUUGCAGGUGAAAAGGUUAAGAGUGUAUUCAAGAAAGCGGCGCGUGAAUGGAUGGAUAAUACCUGCAUCAACUUCACACAAAGCGAUUCCGGUAAAGUUGGAAGUUGUCGAUGAUGGUAAGAUACCACUGGACGCCGAAAUUUCAGCUCAGGACAGCAUUCGUGUGUUCAUGGAAGAUGGAUGUUGGUCUUUCGUUGGCAGACUUGGAGGCGUACAAAACCUCUCACUUGGCGAAGGCUGUGACUCGGUAUGUUUUAAUGAAAUCUUCCUUCUAGACUCACGGUGCUCCACAGAAAAAUGA